AUGUUUCAGAAAUUCCUUUCAGACAUCCUGAACAAAGUGCUGGGGAACUUUAUUUACGGAAUAGAUGACGAGCAGUUCGGGAUAAGCGACCUCCUAACUGGCAAGCUGGAGCUAACGAACAUCCACUUGAAGCAGUCUAUUGUUGAUCUGAUUGAUAUCCCAUGUAGACUAAACUUUGGGUGCAUUGGAUACUUCAAAAUUAAUUUACCAAUUUUUUAUUUUAUGAAAAACCCGAUCAAUGUGUACAUAGAAGAUGUGAUCCUAGUGCUGUCCACCAUCCCACCAAAAUAUUUCGACGAUAAAUUAUACAAGGAGAAAUAUAUAGAAAAUAAAAAAAACUCAUUACUAUCUUCAGAGUACAGAGCGAUUGUUUGUUCCAUAGAAGGGGGGGUUAUCUGGCAAAUGCUGCUGUCCGCAAUAAAUAAUAUAAACAUUUCAGUGAAGAAUGUACAUAUACGAAUAGAAGAUUUCACAAGCAACCCUUCUACCUGUUUUUCCUUCGGAAUCAGCGUCGAGGAAUUGUUCCUAAGCUUACCAAAAGAUGGAUUGCCCAUCAAGAGGGAUGGUUACUACACCAAAAAAAAUGAGCUAGUUAAUAACACCAUGAUAAAUAUGAUAACGAUUAAAAAGUUGGGGUUCUACAUGGAUUAUCUGGAUAUGAAAAAAAUUAUGAAUAAAAAAUAUCAUGCACAGUGGGAUAAUUUAUAUAUGAACAAUUUUAGCUCCUUCGAUGUUGGCUCUCACGAGGAGAAAAAACACACUAAGACACGGGGGAAAAGAAAAAAAAAGAAAAAAAAAAACGACAAAAAAGGAGGAAAACAUUCGAAUAAUACUACACACAAGCGCCGAAAAAAAGGGCCACACUUGAACAAAGUGAAAAAUAUCAAAUCGAAUGAGGAAAACUUGAGGGACUUCCAAGAUAUUAUUAAAAAUAUUAAGAACACCUUCUCAGAAACGAGAAGGAAUGAGCUAGAUGUAAAAAGUAUGAGCAAAUUUAAUCAAAAAAUUCACCAAAUUAAUGAACAAAUAUUACAAAACGAUCGAGAUGAUCACACAAAAUCGACUCGUUAUCCCAUUAUUGAAGGAAAUUUAACAGACACCAAUGGUGAUAACGCUAGUAAUUGUUUGGGGAAGAAGGAUGGAAAAUGCGCCUUAUCUAUUAGCAACUUUUACAACUUUAACCUUUUCUCCAAAAAGGAGGAAAAAAUACUCCCAGUUAUGCACAACCUAGGCAUCGACAAUGACGUCAGCUGGGUUGCGUGCAUCACCAAAUUUUCAGAGUCUCUAGAAAAUCCAGUCCUCAAGGGAAAGAAAAAUGAAAUAAUCAAGCGUAAAAGGAAAAGGAAUGCACACGUGAACAGCAAAGGUGAUGACUUUGUCCUACAUGGUGAGGAGAAGAAGAAUCACCAAAUGAAUAUCCACUCCCCACUUAAGCACCCAUCGAAUGAUUCCAAGGAGGAAGGACAAAAUUAUCUCAACAAAGCGGUGUCCUUCUUCUCUAUAAACUCAUUUACCAACGUUAUUAAUAAAACUUUGAUAAAUCGGACCAGUAACAAAAGCAGUGAUGACGUGGUGAGCCCCAACGAGGAGCUCAUCCUCAGCGAUGGGUACUUCACCACCAAGGAGAAUGGCUCCGAUCAAGAGUCCAUCGGUAGAAAUGUCUACCGUGGCACGGACUGUGCAAAGCGUGCUAACACCCCUUUCAGAGACGUGAAGAAGCAGAAGAGGUAUGUACGUGUACAAAAUAGGACAAGCAGUUGCGGAGCGAACAAGUAUCACUCUAUGAUGGAUGAUUGUAAGCAAAAUUCAGACGGGGGACCAAGUUCCCCUGUUGUCCUAAAUGGCGAUAGUAAAUUUUGUCUCAAUUUUGCGAGUGACCCAGAAAUGAGGACCACCAGGGGCAGACGCAGUCGUAUGAAGAGACUUGGAAACGCACAGCGAAGGAGGCAAUCGUACGUCGAAACAGAAUCGGAAUCACAAUUCGAUGAGGAAAAAUUCACAAAGUAUGUAAAAAAAAACGAAAUAAAAGAAAAAAUACGAACAAGAAAAAGAAAAAAAAUACACUCAGUCUAUCUAAUGUACGAAAAAACGUACAAAAUAAGCAAAGAAAAGUUAAACACAUUUUAUCUCUUUUUACAACUUAUAAAAAAUAUAAGGCAUGAGUAUGUAAUACAUCCGAAUUGCUUUGAAGGGUAUGGUGAAAUUUACCUGAGUUUGAUUCCGACUGACCAUGGAAGACUUCCAUUUGCUCGAUGCUUCUCAAGCUGGGGCAUACAAAGAAGAAGCGAAAAGGAGUUUGAAGAAUGUCUACCUAAACUAAGUGUCUUCGUCACCUUGAAGAAUAUAAAAAUAAUUUUUUCUGAUAAGCAAAUAUUAAAUUUUGUCAAGUGGAUAAACUUAAAUUUUGUUACGUACACUGUUUGGAAGGCAGGAAUCCUCUCCCAAUUUGAAAAGAUCAAGGCGGACAAUGAAGACGAAAUUAACUAUAUAAAGAAAUGGGUUCUAAAGCUCCUAGACACGCACACAUCAAAGGAGGAGAAGAUAGAAGCGGAGAAAUUCUGCGAGCAGUUUGAAAAUAAUCAUUCCAUAAAUAUAAUUAAUUUAUUGCGGAGUAAAGCCUUCUGCAAACUGCAGGAGUUCAGGAAGGAGGUGGAGUUGCGCGGAGGCGCCACGGCGGAGGAUCCAAAGAAUAUGCCGAACAGGGGAGACAACAUGGGGGAGGCAAACAGCCAUCCUAGUAUUAAUGAAGGGGACAAUGGAGCCGUAACAGAUAAGGCUUGCCCGCAGGAAAACCAAGAAACAAGCGGCGCAGACGGAAAGGAUAAUCAACUGAAACAAGUCGCCAGCGAAAGUAUACAUGCGCUUAAACUUUUAAUGAAAAAUCAAAAGGUGUAUAAUAAAAUUAAAAACUCUUUCCGGGAAAAAAUAUUCACCAUAGACAUUUGUAUAGACAUCUGCAUCAUUAACAGUACCUGCUUGGUGACGGUUGAAACGUGCAACCGAAUAAACACCAGGACGGUGAACUUUGUAAAAACGUACGCACUCCUCAUGCAGUGCAUUCACUACCAUAACCAAAUAUCAAACACACACGAAUUGAAGAACUCCAUAGAUUUAGAGCUUUACCCUCUAACAUUACUUCUGGUAGUUAAAAAUUUAGACAAUAAAUACAUCAAGCCAGACAUAAAUGUACUGUACAUUCUGACCAAUGCAGGUAAGAAAGACAAUUACGAAAGUUAUCGCAAGAAAUUUUUGUUUAAUGUUGAUAAUUUCGAGUUUUUAAAAAAGUACAACAUACUCAAGAGGGAUAAUAAACGUAAAGAUGAUUAUGUAAAAGGGAGAGAUGGAAGUCAAAAUUUGAACUUUGGAAGUUUGAGACAGAAACUCAAAUUUUUGGUGGAAGACAAUUUUUUCUUUUUUCCAAAAAGGGAUAGUAACAUUUACUGCAAUGAGCUAAAUAAUAUUGUCUUGUCGGACCCGUCCAUUUAUCUCAGAUAUGAUAAUCAGUCCUACACUAUUUUGGAAAAACCAGACCAUCGACUCUUUUUGCAUAAUUGUGCUGAUUCCAUAUUUAAUAUAAACGGAGAGAUCGUUAAUUCAUUCAUUGAUGAUUAUUUUCAUUUUUGCGACGUUAGAGAAGUUCUGUCAAAGAAGAAACAAGAAACAAUCUCUUAUAAAAGGGAAUACUUUUUAGAACUAGGCGCUAGAUACUGCAACGAUAUAUUAGACAACUACACCAAACAUACUAAUCUCUUCCUAGAUGUGGAACUUGAAAAAAUACUUUCCUUUGUCAUUACGAAAUCUGGAAAAGGGUCGGAGGUGCAGGGCUACAGCUUAAAUUUAAAUCCGGUCAAAAUCGUUAGUCAACUAACCCAACGAAUGGUUUGCUACGACGAAACGGCCACUAACAAAAAUGUCUAUGACUCCUUUUUCCUACAGUUUGAUGGAAUAAAGGUAAGAAGGAUUUUAAAUUGGGACCACGCAGCUAGGACUUAUAAAACUUAUUUGGAUGAGAAUUUUAUAAGACCCUACCGUAACUUAUUUCAUGCCAAACAUAAAGGUUACUUUACUAGAAAGAAGGCAGCCCGAGACAAAUUUUCAUUCAAGCUCAAUCAGGGAAAUGAUGGACAUAGAUAUUCCCACAGGAGAAGUGCAUUAGAAUUGGAUGCACAAGGAGGAGCAAGUGAAGCAAGUGGUCAGGGUCACACUGCCCACAUCAGCAACAAUGACGAUAAUGAUAACAACAUGUACAACUCCAUUGAUGAGAGAAAACAAUCAGAAAUUUUUAAUUUAAAAAAAAAUGAAAAAGAACCAGACAGUGAAUAUUCUUCUUCUCUAGAAAAUUACAAACAAAGGAAGAGUAACAAGUUUUUAAGAUCCACCAGCUGCCCACCUGCCAAAAAUGGGAAGAAUGCUUCCAUGUCGCAGACUCACGCGGAUGGAGAAAGGAACACGAUAAAAGGAGCGUCAUACAACGUUAGCAAUCUUAAAGGGACCUACUGCAUGGACAAAAGGUACAGUGCCUUUUUCUUUAAAACAUGUGCAAAUGAAUACGAAGAGGAAGAAGAAAUUUUGGAGAAUCACAGCUUCCUAGACAUGUACCAAAAAUCGUGGAACGACGACACAUACCAUGAUAAGGACAUACAAAAUGGUUACUCGUACUUUAACCAAAAAAGUGUAAACUACGACAAAAGUGAAGAUAAAUCUUCCAACUAUGUGUUCUCCAUGAGCGAAAAGGCGUCUUGCACCAUCCACGUGUGUCACUUAAAAUUCAACCCGAAGUUCCCCAUGUGUAUCGUGAAGCUUAACGAAGAAAAUAUGUAUAUCAAUAUUUGCGAUUACGACAUGGAAUUUUUUUUUCUCAUUUUUUCCUACAUUUAUGGACACUACAACAUGAAGCAGGUGGAAAAUAAAAAAAGAAAUAUUCUUUUCUUAAAAAAAAAAAUUAAGUCCAUGUAUAAAUUGAACCAAAAAUAUUACAAGGCCUAUGCGACUGCACACAAGGAUAAAAUGGUUGAACCUUCGUUUAGAAAAUCUGCAGCUGGAUCCGUACACCUCAAGAGGAGGCACCCUAGCACAAAGAAGAGGACACACGAAAUGGCCACAAAUAGUGAUGCUUCUCGUCCUAUCCAUUUGUCUAACCCCAGUGAAAAAGUUAAAAGGACAAGAAAAAAACUCAAAUCAUCAAAGAAGGGCCGAACAGCAGACGUGUUAAGAACCCAGAAUAAUGGACUUCCUCUAGAGGAUACAUAUUGCAGACAAAAGAGGGAUACUCUCGUUGGUUACUUAAGUGAUAGCCAUGUGAGAACCACAAAGGAAUUGUCCAUAUCAGAAUUAAGAGCCGAUUUGGCUGGAAUUUUGGGCGAAGGUAGGGAUCAUGGCGGGUUGGAGAACCACAGUGACUAUUUCUUGGCAAAAGAAUAUAUAGGACAAGGAGAUCCUCAUUUAGGAGGCAGCAUUGGAGAAAAGGAAAUUUGCCAACAGGGCGCAGCAGACGCAACCGGAUGUAAUCAUGAGGAUGAGAAAGACGGAAGCCAAUUGGGAGGCUCGUUCACAAAGUUAAGUGAAGAGUCAGACGAUUCCCUGUUGUGGAAUCGCAAGAAUAUGACUGAGGUGAAGAAGAUUUCCCACUACAAUGACGACAUUUCUUCUUUCUUGAAGCAGGAGAAACCAGAAGAGGGAAAAAAAAACAAAAUAGAAAAAUUUAAAAAAAAAAAAAAAAAAGGGGGAAAAAAGAAAGAAACAAACCAGAUGGAACAAAUGGACAAUCAUCUCUCCAACGUUGAUCAACACCUCACACAAAUAUCGUCAGACGACGAUUCGUGGAUCGACCUGCUCGAAAACUAUGACAGCGACGAAUCGCUAGAUGACCACGAAAAAACAAAAGUGCAAAAAAUGCUAAUCGAUAUAGAGAAUAUUAAAAAAAGGUUAUCUCAUAACAAUUUCAGCAUUACAUGUAGCUUUUCUCUGUCUAUUAAAAAAAUAUUUAUUCGCUUCUGGAAAAGGAAGAGCCCUUUAAAGGGACGAAAAAAAUCCAAGGAACUUACAAGUCCUAAUACAUUUCAAUUAGUAGAAAAUGGCAUAAGCUCGGACAAUAAAAUAUCUUCUAUAUUUGGUAAGGGAAAAUAUAAGGCCAAACUAUCCAGUGUCCAGGAUGAAGAUGAGCACAUAGCGGGUGAAGGGGAAGGGGACACGCUGCACAAUUUGACCAGCACGUUAAGAGAACAAGAAAUGAAUGACUUCCACAGGAAGGACAAAAACAACAUCAUGAUGGAUGCAAGCCAGGAUGAUUUAUUAUAUAACAAAAACUUCAUUGCGCUUAACGAAAAUAUGCAAAAGAAUAUGUUCAACAGUAUGCAAUAUGCCAUUCCACUGUGCACCAUCAUUUUUUCUGAUAUAUUCUUUGUUGCAAAAGUGGAAAAAAAUAAUUUCACCUACAUUUUAUACUCCAUGAAUGGGGUCGACGUGAGGGAUGAAACGAACAUUGCGCUGCUCAGCAUGAGCUCCAUUUAUCAUAGCGACUUGAAGUUUGUCAACCGCAGCGAGUUCGGAACAGACAGGGCGGAGCGUACCAACGGAUUGAAGUCUCGCAAUUGGGGGAAGUACACAAGUGGGGAGAAUAUUCUGAAUUCGGAGAAAUCACGCAAGGUAAAUAAAGGGACAAAUGAGGAUCCCCUGAACAAUAACGACAUGAUAGAAACGGAGGACACGUUUUUGGACUACUCCAUAAGCAACAUCGACUUGCCGGAUCUCGAAAAGACACACCUCGUGUUGCUCUACUUUGGCUACCUAUUCAAAAAUAACCACACGUUCAAAUUUAUAUUAAACAGAACAAAGGUGAAAAUAUUUUGGGAAAUUAUUGAUGAAUUUCUAACAUGGGUUUUAAGCAUUAAUGAGCUGCUACCACAAAUGAACACAAUUGAGGAAGACAUCAACAGAAAGCUGGACGAUAGUGAAGAUAUGCAUUUAAAUUAUUUGCAAAAGGUUCAGUACAUAAAUUAUGAUAUUAUCUCCAUUAAGCAUAGCAAUACAAUCGUUUCUGGAAAGGGCACCUACAAAAUUGCGGUCGACAGCUUGAUUAACAACUACAGUGUUAUGUUUCAGUGCAACGAAAUGAGGAGCAUCCCAAAUGGGGAGCAAGACGCGGCUAUGCCAGGCAUCAAGCACGGGGAAAUAAUGUACACUGACGCGCAGGAUGACCCGACAGCAACAUACUAUCUCAUAACAGAAGAUAAAUCGAUCUGUUGCAACCAGUACCAAACAAUCAUCAUUGAAAAUCGGGAAGGCAUUAAUACCACCUUGAAGGAAAUCCUGCUUCACGAAAACUACUUUUUUAAUUACACUUUUAAUAAAAUAAAUAAAAAAAAAAACGUCGAAAAAAUUUUAACUGCAGAUAGUGUAAAGGGUGAUGUUCAUAAAGGGAAUCAAUUUUUCUCCAGUGGGUCACACUCUAUAAUGAAUGGAAGUAGCUCAACAUGGCCUCCACCAAAUGAACAGAUACUACUACAGAACAAGAACUACCCACCUCAUUAUGACACCCAUAAUACGAAGAGGGGAACCAUACCUUUUAACAACUCGGACCCAUUAAACAGCUGCCGCGAUUGUCUCCAUUCAAAAAAUUUAAACUACACUGCCUACACAAAGGAACUUUGUAAAAGCAAUGCAUACCCCUACAUACAUCUAGACAUCGAAAUUAAUUACUUCGAAUUAUGGGUAGCUUUAGACCCUGUUAGGGUUCCGCAGAAAAGAAAAAAUUCAUACCUUUUGAGCGAAGAGCCCAAUAAGGCAUAUCCUAACGGCGGCAAAAAAAUUAAAAGCAGACAAUCGAGAAAGACAAGUGUGGCUGAUAAAGCGAAGGAAUGGAAAAACAAGUCUAUUAGAAGCCGAAGGAGGAAGGAAGCUAAUCGGGGGAAAAAAAAACGGAAAGUGAGCGAUCCCUAUAAUAGUUACCAAAUGGAAGGGGGAAGAUCUCGCCCGGAAGGGGAAUACCCAUAUGGAGAAUAUCCCGAUGGGGAAUACCUCAGUGAAAAACAUGAUAACCAUCAAAGCGGGGAGAAAAAUACAGGCAGAUUCAAAUUCCGCCAAAAAAUCAAGUGGUGCAAAGGCUUCUAUAUCGAAAAUCCGUACGUUUUGGCCACGAAGGGGUGCCUGAAGUCUGUGAUUUUUUUCUUGCUAUAUAAAGAGAGUUUAGAAGGGGGCAGAAAGGAAAAGGAAGACGCACGGAGAAACUCUGGGGAUUGCAGUAACGGAAACGCUGGAGAUAGCAGCGAUAAGGGUGAUAAAGGCAAUGAGCGAGAUUCCUCUUCCCGGGUGCGCUGGAUAGGGGAUACUCCCACGAACGAAUGUCCCCAAAGCAGCCAAGAGAUCAGCAACGACUCGAGCAACCUGGAAAAGAAAAGUAACCCUAAUGAGCAAAUGGAGGCACUACAAAUGAAAGUGACGGAUGUAUUGCGUCAUUCCAAUUUGAACAAAGUACUAGACGCAAACGACUUUGUGAAAAGCAAAUUCAUGAAGUGGAUUAUCCAAGUGUCGUCAUACGUCCCAUGCAUACUAAAUAUGAAUAUAUUUCUCUCCCAAAUUACAAGUGCUAUAAGCAGACCAGUCACAAAAAACCCCUUGCUCAGGGCCUACAUCGAUUGGAACAACGUGCCCUACAAUAACAUCCUCCUACAACCAUGCAGAGUAAAUCUAAAUUUCGAAAUGAAAAUACCAAGCCCAGAAAUAUUGAUAGAAAGAUGUUUAGGAAUAAAUAAAGUAACGAGUAUAAAAAUUGCACAGAAGGAUAAUGUACUGGUUCAAAACGAUGUGGAAGGGAUAGACAUCAACUGUUCCUGCGAACCCAUCAUUCUGAAUGUGGAUUCUAACGCCUUAACCCUACUCAACCAGCUAUGCAAUAUAAUAUUUGACUUUUCGACCUACUUCUUUGAUUUAUGCUCAUUAAAUGAGAAGGAAGAAGAAGAGGACUUACUACUAAGAGCAACAUCCACGAACGAUAAUUUUUAUGAUCACACAAAUGAGCUAAUGGUUAGUGAUAGCUUCUACUUUAAUGUUAUGAGUACUUCUACAAGUGGCAUGUCUAGUGGAUAUGCGCUAAGUGACUCAGAAUCACCUGUUUCGAACCGCCAUCAUUUGGAAGAAGAAAUACGCUCCUUCAAGAAAGAUGAGAUGAGUAGAUUAUUCGUUAGUUUUUGCUUAACCCCUGGUGGUAAGAAUCAUUCUAAUCCAUUUCGUGGAGUGAAAUCCACUGGAAGGGACAACCUCGAAGGAGUAAAAAAUUUUCGAACCAUAAAAAGUUUCAUAGCUAGCAAAAAUGAAACGAAUCAAUUUGACCUGUCGAACAGUCAACACCUGUUCAGACAAAACUCGGAGAAAAACAUCGUAAAAAAAGAUCAUGUCAACUUCACGCACAGGGAUUCUCACGAAAGGGUUAAAUGUCAGAUGGAUUAUCCAUUAGAUUCAAACACACUAAACAUGCUAAUGAUGAAUUUUGUAGAAAAUAUUGAAAUGAACUGUAACGUCAAUUUCGAUGUAAUCAUUUUUCAAGUAUGGGAUUCGAACACUGCUUACAAUAGGUGCUCUCUAAAUUUUGUCAUCGAGUAUUUUUCCUUCCAUUUAUAUUCCCUAAACAUUUAUGAGCAAAGUGUAUCAGGGGGAGAAGCGAACGGAGUAAGGGUAGCAGGGGAUUUCCAAUUGAUGGAUAAUCAAAGGGACUUUUCCCCAGGGAGAAGUGGAAAGGAUGGCAUAACGACUCACUGUCUGCGUGACGACAUGACUUUCGAAUCGCAUAUCCCCAUGGACAGCAGCUUGGAAGUGUCUCCUUACGCUUUCAGCAAAAUUGGUACAGGCAACAAUGCCAAUUUGGACGAAUCAUCAUAUGAGGAGCUGUACUCACGUGAGACCUCGCACAGAGCAUGGGCGAGAUGUGGUGAAACCGGGUCAUCUUCCACACCCCCUGUCUUGAAACGCCCAAAUGAGAAUAAAAGCGAAAUGUACAUGUGUAGUAAAACCGCUCAGGAGAAGGAAAAUCGGAGGGGAACAAACAUAACCAGGGUAAUGGAUGAUAUCGCCAAUGAUAUGAACGCAGAGGGGGGAGGAAGUCACCCAGAUGGAGCCAAAGGAAACCAUUUGAAAAACGACUUGUCAGACUCGAACAGGUGUGGAGAACAAGAGGGGACUACUCCCAGCAGGAAAGAAAACAACGGGUGGAGGACAUUUUGCAGUAGGAACAUUUUCGUAAAAAGCAUUGAACAGUUGUGUGUAGAAAUAAAGAAAAUAUUCCAGAAGAUAUUUUUUAAAAAAAAGGAAAUCAAAAUGGAACGAGUGGACCAACUGAAUAGAAUGGAGAGUAAUACAAAGAACAAUUCUACACAAUUAAAAAAUGAAAAUAAAAAACCUCAAAACGGAAAUCAAAUCUUCAUAAAUAACGAAUACAUGUUUACUGAUAUAAAAAAUUACAAAGAAAAUAAAAAGAGCAAAAAUGUGGAAUGCAAGAUAGAAUUUUUAGUGUAUUGUGAAAAUUUUAACAAGAAGGAAAAUUCGUACCAAACAUUUGUGGAGCCUGUGCGUGUAGAAAUUAUAGCUGUGAAAAAGGACCUAAUAUCUCCAAUACAUGUAUACUACUAUUUCUCAUGGCUCAACAUUAAUUUAAAUUUUAACAUACUUGAUAAUAUCCUCUCCAUAUGCUGCAGUGUCAUUUUUUCUAUAAUAACCCAGAGGACGCGUUUGCUCCUGGGAAGACACAUGAACGAGUUAGACAAAAAAAGAAACAUGAAAAAACUUCCUCAGGGAGGAAAAAAUGACAAAAAUGAAGAACUCUCUUCCAAAAAUAUGCAUGCAAGUAAUAUGAUAUACCAAACAGAAUAUGAAGAUAACAAUACGGAGAAGAAAAACGUGAGCGAAAUGGAUGACACGUACACGUCCAUGUGUUGGCCAAAGUGCUAUGCUGUUAUGCAUGAUGAACAGUACAAGGAUGUUCCUCUGCUUACAAAUGAUCAUAUCCUAUUCAGGUACAACAAGUUUGAUGUCCUCCAUAGCGUAAAUCGAUCCCUAGACACCUACAUUUUUGGAGAGUUCAUUUUGGAAAAGCUCCUGAGAAAUUAUCAAUACUCGUGCCAGUACCCAGGGGACUAUUUAGCCAAAUAUGAAAACGAAUUUAAUUUGGACAAAUCUGAUUCUGCCCCUGAGCAGCUCCUUCACAUUAAAUUGUUUAAUUACAUUAAGAGGAAAAAGAGACUCGAAAUGAAUAAUAUUUGUAAGAUUAACAAUUUGCUUGGUCAGCCUAUUGCUAUAUGCACCAUACAGGCUAAGGGCGAUUUGUGCUACGAUGAAAGUGAGGGAUUCCAUUCUGAGGCAAAGGGAAACUCCUUAGGCGGGACAAAAAAUUACGAUAAUAAGGAGAACCUGCUCCUGUCUACCAUCGAUAGGAUAUCCAAGAGGAAAUUCAUGCAAGGUGGAGUUGGAGGACACGGCGCUGUGCCAAACUCGGGUAUGGCGAGUAGAGAUAGGGAGAAUACCACCCGUUCGAAGUACACCUCGCGUAUAAAACGAAGAAGGAGCAGUAAAUAUCGCACACCUGGAGCACAAAACGCUCUCGCGAAGGAAGAAGAAAAGAACAAUUUCUCGUCCGAUCAGAAUGAGGUAAACGCAGAUCACACAGAUACGUCCACAACCCACAGCAGAAAUGCACUAAAGUACCAAUGGAAAAUAUUAAGCAAUAACGAAUCGCUCGAUUUGCCCACGCACAAAAAUGGAAAGGUGAAAUUUUUCCUAAUCCGAUUCAGACUGUUAAAUUAUAUAUAUGACAUCCCAUCAAGUAUACUCAACACAGCGAAUGAGAAUGAAGACAUCAUCCGAUUGGUCAUUCCAGAGAGGAGAUUGCCUCCAAAUAUAAAUGCACAAGUGGAGGAAGAGCUAUACAAUGAACAACUCUUAGAAAUGGAUAAUUUAUCCCUUGAGAGUAAUUAUCAUACCAUAUACCCAUCCAACUACACCUCCAAAAAGAAUACUAAUACAAAUAAGGAAGAGGUGUGGAAGCCCGCUAAUAUUCCACAACCACGAAAUCAUUUAUUUAUUUUUUUUCGAACAAGUAGCCGAAUAAGUCAUGAAGAAAAACAAGAGUAUGACUUUUUCCUAUCAUCCAUUGUGGCUAUUAAGAACAACACUGAUUUUCCCCUUUAUGUUUUCAAAUCAGUACCAGGAAAUUCAAACCGCAAUGGUAUUUUUAAAGAAUAUUUUCACAAGUACAAUACAGUACCUUCCCCUCCACCAACGUACACGCUAAAAAUUGAUAAAAAAAUAGAAAAGUUCAUCCAACAUAGUGUGGUGGAAAAUAAUACACUCAGUGAGAAAAAAAAAAAAAAAAACAAAAAGACAAUUAACAACAAUGAUGUACAGGGCAGUGGGGCAAACAAUAUGAACGACCAAAAUGGUCCCUAUCAUCAAAGCACAAAUAAUAAAGAAAAAGCUAUUAAUUAUAUUCAACAUAAGUCCUACUUGUAUGGAAGGAAAUGCAUUAAGAAUAUAUUUCCAUUGAUGAAACUAUCCUCAGUAGAGCAUUACAUCUCGGGAGACAUCAAAUUUAGCUCCUUAGCACCUCUCAAAUAUAAGAGAAAAAAAAAAAAAAGAGGAAAAAAAAGUAAGCAAAAGCAUGAAUUACAGAAGCGAUUUAUCAAAAAAAAAAUUAAAGAAAUAUACCUCAAGAGGGUUUUUAAAAAGACAAGACAUAAAAGGAUCAGCAAAUAUGAAAAUGGUCUUCUCUCUCGUGAAAAAUUUAGGGAUUAUUCUGGCCAAGCCAAUCCAUAUAGAAAUAUAAUGUCCAUAAAUGAUUCAUUUUUCAGUUUCGCGAAGAGAUCUUCGCAGCAGUCCGCAUCAUCGUCCGCUUCCUCUGCGGAGUCUUCCUCAUUAACUUCACCCCACCAAGGUAUAGCUAAAAAUGCGUCAACCACAUCACUGAGCUUGACGGAUCUGUCCAACAUCACCUUGUCGUCACUCUCCAAUUCGAUCUUCUCCAUGGAAAGCACACUAAGUAACAGUUCCGCUUUUGGAAAUUCCUUGUGCGAUUAUGAGAAAGACAAUUUUGAAGAGCAGGCACUUCUUAAUGAGUACUUUAAAAAGGAGCAAACGAAUGCGCAAGGUGACCUGGAUCUCAUCAAAAUAGCUAGCAAUAAAAAUGCAUUCAUAUGGCUCUCUAUACAAAAUGAAAAAAUAUACAAACAGGAUUUAUAUGGUUUUUUAAAUGACCAUCAGAAUGCAGAUUAUAUAUGCACAAAAGCAACGCUCGACAAUAUGCUAAAUUACCACUCACCUUUCUUUGCCGACACGACGAAAAUAUUCAAACCAUCCAUAAUUAGGUUAAGAAAUCAUCUGCUGAAAGAAAAUAAUGUUUUAACAAAAGAGGGAAAUAAAAAUAAUCAGAAUUUGUCCAACAGUUACAAUUUGAAUUAUAUGAAUUUGAAAGAGGUCUAUUUCACGUCCACCAUCAUCAGUGUCUACAAUCCCAAUUACGUUCUACAUAAAAAGGACGCACAUAAUUUUUUCCAAAUAAGUAUUGAUCACGCUCUCAUGAUUAAUAAUGGACUCCCGAGAACCAUGUGUUUGACCUAUGAGGUCUUCGAACAAAAGACCACUAAGAGUAUGAAAAAAAGCGCUAGCACUUACACCAGUCUUCCAUCGCUAGAGCACUCCAAUACACAAAAAACAUAUAUCAACACUGAUCAGUCGCUUUCUGUGGAUGACUCCUACGUUAAAGGACCUGGCGAGAGUGUUUGCGAUAGGUGUUGUAAAGGUGAGGAGUUCGCCUCGAAUGAGCUGCUCCAUUCCAGUGAGAGACUCACCUCAAGUGAUGCCUACCAAACGGCCCAAACCGAUGCACAUAAUACAAGUCAAGAGCGCUGUAACACGGAUGGCGUGCAGGAUGCAGAUGUGGAAGUGACGCCUGCUGAGGUGGACAAUUUCACCGAGGAAUACCCACAGAAUGGAGACAACAAAUGUGAGCAGAAGAAGGAAGAUUCGAAAAGAAGCAUCCUCUUUUUUGACAAGCUGAAUGAGAAAAAAACCAACCUCAAGCAAAUCACACAUGGUGGAGACAUUAUUCCGAUGAAAGACAAAGAAAUUUUGCUCAAAGAAAUUAAUAAUGAUAAAAAUGUGUACAUAUAUAAAAACAAAAAAAAGGAAAACAGCCAAAAUGAGGAAAACACCAAUGGAAAAAUAUACAUGGAAGAAACAAAUUUUAUCGUUACUAUAAAAAAUGAGGGCAAUAAAAACAUACAUCAAAUUAAGAUUGAUCCAGGGCAAAGCAUAAAGCUGCCUUUCGUUCCUAACAAUAUAAAUAUCUCCUUUGAUGGAUACAAUUCCAGGAGUAUAUCAAUUAACUAUCCUCAUAAGAAGGGGCGGGAGAAAAUCAUCCUCGAGAAGGAGACCAGAGAGGCCAUGGCAUCCUUUUUCUCCCUUGACGAUGGAGAGGAACAGGUCCCCAAUUAUGUGGCAACUGUUGGGAGCUCCCUUGAUGGGAGCAGCGCGAGUGGAGGAAACUGUUCCGAUGGUGUAGUGCAGAUAGACCGUGUUGUGCAUGCCAACCGUGUAACACAUGCGAAACAUUGCAGUAACAGUCUAGUGGAUGAAUCAUCACAAAAGGGGGACGUGUAUGCACACGCGCGCACAGUGGCUCUGGGCGAAAUAAAGGACUACAUAAAAUAUGGUAAUCUAACCAACGUAAAGUUGAAAAAUGACCGCUUUGAGAAGAAACGAGGAAAUUAUAAAUCGUCCAAAAUUGAGGAAGGACAAAAACAGCUAACCAUAUGGGCCAUAUUCAACGAAUUUUACGAAACAGGCAAAAACAGAUACCAAGACAUCUCCUUGGAAAAAAUUCACCAUGCAACAUAUUCAGUGUCCUGCACGUUUUUCGUCUCAGCGUGUGUAAUUAACCGAUUGAACUACCCCAUUACGUUAAAAAGAAUAAACAAUGACAACAUGGUAGUGAUCGAGCCAUAUGUACGAAAAUUAUUGCCAUGCGAAUUUGCCAUGAGAAGGAACCGGGUGGUGAUAUCCUAUGAAACACUCAAGGAAGUAAAAAACUGGAUCAAUUAUCCUUUAAAGAAAUUUAUGAUUAGAAGGAAGAAAUUGAAAAGGACCAGAAACAUAAUCAAAAAAAGGAAUCACAAAAUGGGAAGAGGUGGACCCCUAAUGCAGAAGCAACAAAUAAAAUCGGAAGAGAUAUACAGUGAAAAAAUGGAAGAAGGAGAACAAAAGAACAGUGAUCAGCCAAUGCAGAAUGACAUUUCAGAGAAAUCUGAACCUAACCCUGAACACAUGAUAAGUAAGAGUAGAUCAAAUCUGUUCUACCAAAUGAAAAAAACAAAAGGGAACUGCUUCUUUUACCGAAGCAAUAUUAAUAAACCGCUGGAGUCUGAAGAUUUUAGGAUCACAGAUUUGUCCAUCACCAGAUUGACUUGCUCAAACAAAAAUAAAAAUGUGCCACAGUUGAAGUAUAGCGUAUAUAUGUCUAUAGCCCCCAUGCCGUUCUUUCGAACAACUGUUAUGGAGAUACUACCCUACAUAGUCAUAAUAAAUAACACCAAGAUGAAUAUCGUUUUUCAGGAGUAUAUUAAAAAUUACACCUAUUUUAAAUACAAUAUUUUGGCGCCCGGGGCGUAUGUCGAAUUUCACCCACAGUCUAAAAAAAAAGCCAUGUUGAAAAUGUGCGGCAUUUUUGAAAGCAGCUUCAAUUACCUCAUUGAUGAUUAUUUGCAGAAGGAGUUGUACUUGGAGAAUUUGGAAAAGGAAAAUGAGAAGCUGUUGGGAGGGAUAAAGGAAGAGGAUUGCGCGAGGGGGGAUGAUUCUCAAACCAAGUGUGAAUUCCCCGACGACUGCAACCUGCUUUCCAAGUGCGAUUCACCCGCCGAGCAUGAUCCGUCUGUACCCCCCCUGAAUGAUAUCUCGCACAAACUGAGCGUUCUCGUAGACAUCGAACGGGCGAACCAGCACAUGUACAAGCAACACUCUUCGUCCUCGAAAAGCACUUGCAGCACUAGUGCGCAAAACUCCCUUGAGAAGGAAGACGUGGAGAGAGCCAGUGGAAACGACACGAGACCAAAUAUCAUAGUGAAAAAAUACAAAAAAGUGGACGCUUUCAAAUUUCUCUACUGGUCGGAAGUUCUGGACCUGACCAGAGUGAGCAUGAUCUAUUUCCGCCAUCCAGUUGUAUCGAAUGAAAAUUUUAAGAAGGAAGAAAAGAAACUUAAAAAACUAAAUCUUCUUUUAAAAAAGAAUGGCAAAAAUGACGUUACUUAUUUGAAUAUAUCCAAGGAGCUAUUAAAAACAAGUAGCAUACCUUAUGAGUACACCUGCUGCUCCAUGGAGAUCUCCACCUAUAAGGGAUGCAAAUUUGUGCGCUUCCAAGACAUCGACGUAGUGCCAUAUUACCUCUUAAAUCUGACCAAGUACAACAUUAAGCUCAGACAGCUAGGUAUAUAUGAACACUCCGAAGUGUUACGGAAAAUCCCGAAAAAGAAGAAAAAAUGCUUUGAUGAAAUAUUCAAAAAUUACGCUUUUAAUUUCUCAUUUUACAACCCGUAUAAAGACCCCAAGCUGAAGAUCAGCAUACUUUCGUCGAGUAAGAAGAAUGAACAAAAUAAAAAGGAAAAGAAGAUCAAUCAGAGUGGGAACAAUAACAGCAACAACAACAGUAAGAACAACUUGAAGUAUGCAAACACGCUGAAGAUAAAUCUGAAGAACGAACUCAACCACCUUAGCCUCUUGGCUACCAACUAUUUGAAGGACAAUGAAUAUGCAAAAAUUAUUAACGAUAAAAUUUUUCAUUUGAAACGAUUUUCAGAACAAGUGGAAAAUUUAAAUGAUGGAAAUGUAAAUAUAAUUGAUUUGGCCAACUCGACAAACGUCACCUUAUUAAAAUUGAGACAAGGAGAUACAUUUGUUUAUAUUCUUUGCUCUAAGAAAACGUACAAUGGGAAAACCAUCUUCUCGUUUGAGAAUUACGACGAUCUUAUAAGCAACGUUUUAAAUUUCACGAACGCACCACUCAGUCGUAAGCACAAUUACAAGCUGCUCAAGUCGUUACAUGUCUUCAGCAAAAAGAUAAAGAACGUUUACUUCAGGGGGAGAAACAAAAAGCAGGACAAGCGGAAAAGGAGCCGCAAGGCGAGGAAGGACUCCAUUGGGGGGAAGGACGCACCAACGGGGGAGUACAGCCCAAACGGGCAAAAUGCAUAUGGCGGACCGGAGGCGUCCACUCCACAAAAUCGCGCAUACCCAAAGAACCGGAAAAAAACAAAUCCAUGGCACUUACUGAACUUGUUUAGAAAAAGAAGCACCACGCGAUCUAUUGAAAAGGGACCCAGGAUGACCCACCUUAUUAGAGACCUAUAUGAGAAAAAAAUGAUCAACAGGGAAGAAAAAAAAAAAGAUACAUUAAAUUUAAACAUAUUUGCGCACUUCAUUUUUAAGGGAGUAGGAUUAAGCAUCAAUAACCACAACUUAGAAGAAAUCCUCUACUUCUCCAUGGAAUAUAUAUUAGUGGUAUACAAACAAAUAAGUGACAAGGAUUUGUUUCACUUAAAUAUAGGAUGGCUGCAAAUAGACAAUCAUACGAAGAACACAGAUUAUAAGAAUGUGCUGUUGCCAAUUAUAGAUUUGAAGAAGAGCCACCAAGUGGACAAUUCAGCACAGGAGCAGCAUGACCAGAGUGGCUUCGUAAAUAGUGCAGGAAAUACCUUCGAAAGGAAAUUACGAACAGAAGACAUGACCACUCUUUAUCGCUCAAAUGGGGGCAAAUCAAAUGAUACCUUUUCCCGUCAACUCAAGGACGAAAAUGAAUUUUGCAAAACGAAUUCUAGCAAUAUAUUAAUGCCAAUGGGACUUAAAAAAAAUAAAUCUUGUGAGGAUUACACCUAUUUCGAGAAAGACAAUCUGCUAAUCAGUCCAAAUUCUAAUAACCCCUUGUCUAAUUCUUACAAACUUUUCAUCCCUUCCUUUUUCUAUAUACAACGUAACUCCGUUUUGGACGUAACUAUAGUGAAGCAGAAGAGAGGGAACAUGAAGAACUUCCUCGAACUAUCAGAUGUGAAUAUAAAACUUUCUCCCUUGAGUAUAAAUGUGGACUCAUAUUUUAUUAUUGAAAUUUUGAAGAUUUUCGAUGAACUGUUAAAAAUCCUCGAAUUUGAUUUGACCAAUUAUAAUUCGCUCAACUUGGAGAAGAACAUCGAAUUGAGGGACACCGAUUAUGACAGCUUGGAGUACAAACAAAAUAUGGGCCCAGUGGAAGAACUUAUUAAGCACUACAUUCUGAAGGACUACCACUUAUAUGAACAGAUAGCCAACUUCAAAUUUAAUGCCACGAGAAAUGAGCAGGGGGUGGAGGAGAAAAAAGAAAAAAAAAAAAAAAAAAAGAACAAAAAGAAGGGAAAGGGGAAGACGAACAAAAAGGGGGAAGGAAAAAGCCGAGAGGAAGCGCCAAUCAGCAACAUUUUCCACUCCAACACCUUUUGCAACAAAUCGGACAACGAGGUGCCAGACGUGAGGGCCUACAUUAGUAUGAUAAAUGAGUACAAAAAUUGGGGGAAACACGGAGACCAAGCAGCCACGGAAAGUGAUCAGGAUGGGCAAGCUGAGAGGGGCGACACCGUGGGAGGACUAAACAACCAGAGGGGCAUCCCCGCAGGUAACUCGUCAGGUAAUCCAUCAGGUAACGAGAAAGAUCCCAUGUUGAAGCACACAAGCGUCGUGCCCGUCCCUGGUGGACACACCCACGGAGGAGAACAAAUGCUAAACCAGGUUGCCAACAUAAAUAACAAGAAACAAAUAAACCUAAGGACCAAUUACAACUCAGACAUGUUUAACGAAAAAAGACUCAAGUAUCUUCAAUCCUGCGAGAAGUAUUACAAAAAUUUACUCAACAACCGAAAGCGUAUUUUGAAAAAGAUCCAAAAUAUUAAUAUGAAAAAUAACUUAAUCAGUUUCGACAAAAUAUUUAUCUCCAAAUUAGAAAUAAAUGAGAUUAAAUUAAUCAUUAACCUAAAGAAUAGAAUCCUAAGCUACGACAAGAAAAGUGAAAUAAUGGAGUCCAAUGUGAUGAAUGCUUUGGUUGUCCUUAUAAUGAACAUUCCUAACAUAAGUGACGCACAUAUACACUUUGAAAAAGAGGUUAAAAAAAAUAUGUGCGGUUCGUUAUACGUAUUAAUAUUUAACGAAAUAAUGAAUGACUAUAUAAACCCUGGUAUGAACCAAAUGUUCAAUGUUCUAGGGGCUGUAGAUUUUAUUGGAAAUCCUUUAAUAAUUUAUAAGCAUUGGAAAAAAGGUUACAACACCUUCAUUAAGGAUUUGAAAAAAAGUUUGAAUUCAUGUUCUUUUCCUUUUUUAUUUUGUAUUUUACUUUUGAAUAUACUUGGCCGAUUUGGAAAGAGCUUACUAUCAGGAAUCCUCGAAGGAGUGAGUAGACUUUGUGGAAGUUGGAGUACCUGUUUUGAAAGAUUUUCUAGAAAUGCAGAUAAUUUCAGUAUCGUUACAAAUAGCAAUGUUUUGCAAAAUGAAAUUCUAGACCAACCAUCCAACUGUGCAGAAGGAAUAUGCUACGGGUGCCAGUCAUUUGUAAACAUACUCGCCAUCAGCUGCGUUAAUACGAUUUAUAAACCAUUCAUGGCAAUAAAAAAAAUUAAAGAUUUUCGAAAGAAGGAAAAAGACAAAUUCAAGAUAUUCCUUUCAGUAGCAACACUUAUGUUCUAUGGUUUAUUCAGCGCAUUGAGCAGUCUAUUCUUUGGAUUAUUCAAUAGCAUCCUCUCCUUUUUCACCUUUCUCUUUAUUGGCACAUUAAAUCAAAUACAAACGGUAACUAUGAAAUCGGUCGUUAGGCCAAAAAAAAUGAGCGUCAUUAAAGAGUACGCAAAAUUUGUUAACUACGAAUACCCACUAUCUUUCUCUAAUUAUAUCAUUAAUGAAAAAAAAAAAAAAAAAGAGUUUCUACAAAAAAAUAUUGUAGCUGUCAUUCCGUUAUAUACGUUCAAAGACAACAACGCUAGCAGCAUAAAAAGUUUCCUUUGGGUUAGCAAUAAAGAAGUGGGUUAUUGCCAGAAGGAUAAAUUGUUGUGGUCCCUCUUCACGAACUGCAUCAUCAAAGUGGACAUUCUGCUAAUCCAGGUGGAUCAUGGUCAGGGCAAGAAAAAGUUGUCCAUAUUAGGUCGAAAUAAAAACAAAAUAAAAAGCAAGCAUUCAAAUGUUAGUACAGGGGCUAAGGAAGAUGAUCAACCAGUUAAAAAAAACAAGUGGAAUUUUCAUACAUUUUUCUACCCGCAAAAAUAUAGACAGUUGGGAGACUUCAAACCAUCUUACUACAUUAGGAUACUGUACCGAUCUGUGUAUAAGGUAAAAAGAUCACACCACAAACCCAAGUUGAGGAACUUCUACUUCAGCAAAAAGGAUGACUCCAACCACAGGAUGAAGCAAAUUAUGCGAAAAAACACUUACGAAAGGUACUUUGAGAAGCAGUUCAGGAAUGAGCAACUGGCUUAUGAGGACGCGGACCAGAGCGACAACCUUAGCGACGGGGGACAGGGAGGUCAUCAUGACCGACAUAAGGGCCACCACAAAAAUUGUCACAAAAACAAUCACCAUCGUGCCGAUAACCAAUGUGACCAUGACAGACGCAGCUCGCGCACCAAACUGUACAAAACGCACCACAAAAUGAACAACUACUACACCAAAAAUGAUACGCGUGAUGCAAGCCAAAGCAAGGCCAAUAGACGACAUAACGGAGAGGAAGACACACUACACCAUGGAAAUAAUUAUCGCGAGAGGGACAGGAACUACCCAAGUAGUCGCCCAAAAGGUCGCCCAAGGACUCGUGUGGAAAAAGGACAAAAGCUUGAUGAUCACAUCCUUCUGAAGGGGGAAAAAAAAAACAGAUUCAGGAAAAAAGAUAUCUAUUCAUACCAACAAAAUGAUGUGCACAUUAGUGAAGACUCUAGAAAGAUCAACAAAUUGAAAUAUAAGAAAAAACAUGCAAGGAAACAUCAUACACAUAAAAGAAAAAAAUUUAUAUAUAUUUCAAAAUUGGUUAAAUGCGAAUCGAAGGAAGUUGCUCUGCACGCCUUUUCCCUACUCCUAUCCUUUUUGGUGCAUAAAUCUCCGUACUACUUAAAAACUGCGAAUUAG